AGAAGAGGCACUUCCGGAUAGUUUGUUUUGGUCUGUUGUCCUGACAGCAGCGGCUAACAGAUCUAGGUGAACAUGUCUGCUGCGGAGGACGACACCGAGCUGAGAGACCUGCUCAUCCAGAACCUGGAGAACAGCGGAGUUCUGAACAAGCUGAAGGCGGAGAUGAGGGCAGCCGUGUUUCUGGCCAUGGAGGACCAGGACCGACUGGAGAAUAAAACGCCGCUCAUUAAUGAGAACCUGAAGAAAUGUCUCAGCACCAAAGACGGACGCCUGGUGGCCAGUCUCAUCCUGGACUUCCUGCAGGUCUUCAGUCUGGACUUCAGCCUCGCCGUCUUCCAGCCAGAGAUCAACUCGCUGAACGGUUUGGACGGCCGGGACCUGGUCUGCAGGGAGCUGGGUCUGUCCGAGUCGGAGCUGAACAGAAACUCGCCGGUUCUCCUGGAGCUGGUCCGGAGGAGCCGACAGAAAGACGAGCCGUCCGUCAUCAAUGAGGGAGACAGAAGUGGACCCGUCCUGAGGGAACUCUCCCAGAAACAGAUCCGAACCGCUCGGAAGGCCUUCGACUCUCACGACAAGGAUCAGCGGGGCUCAGUGAGAAAAGACGACCUGAAGUCUGUCUUCAGGGAUCUACUGCCCGGCCUGAACAAGAACAUGUUGGAGACAUUUGUGGACGAUGAGCUCAGAGCUGCAGGCAGCGGUGAGUCAGAGGGGAGCAGAGUUCUGGUUGUUGGGGAUUCGGAUGAAACUGGAGCUCAGUCCCAGAAACCUGAAGACAAACCGGGCUCUCCGCCUGCCAGUAAGAUCCCCAGGUUCAAAGGUCAGAAGAGCCAGACAGCAGCUCAGGACCUGGAGCGGAUACUCUCCCUGCCCAAAAGAGACCUUCAGCAGCAGGAGCGCUCCUCUUCCUCUGUGAGGAUGGAGCAUCUGGACCUGGAGCUGGAUGAAGAAGUGGACCACGAUGAAGAGGACUCCUUCUUCGACGACCCGCUGCCCAAACCGCAGAAGACUUACGGAUGCUCUCCGAUCGGAGAAAAGGACUCGUCAGAGAGGACAGACAGUCCCAAGGAUCUCUCGGUUCUGGCUGACGACCCGGAACUGGAUCAAGGCGGUUCCAUCUUGGAUCGUGGCUCAGAGCUCAGGAAGGCAGAGACGUCCGGAACCAGAGGGAGUCCAGUGGGCUCUAUGACUGAGGCUCUGAGACCAAGAGGAGGAAGCAGUGGGUCAGAACCGAGCCUCAGCAGGAACGGAGCAAAAACCUCCAGAGAGAAAAACCUGCGCGCUGCGAGCGACAGAACAGGAUCUCUGCACUUGGAUGAAGAGGAGGAGUACGAUGAUGACUUCAACAGCCAUCGGUCGGACCUUUCUAACGGCGAGCUGAGUUUGGCCGAGGACAUCGAGGAGGUGUCCAUCGAGGGUCCAGAGAACAGCGAAAAGUCUAAUGAAGCCACACAGGACCUGAGCAUCUCUCAGAUCAGUCAGAGCCACGGAGCUGACUACAUGGAGGACGUGUCCUGAGGCUCCCAGCAGGAACCUCCUCCUUUCUGGAUAUUUAAAUCUGUACAGUUUGAUUAGAGCAAUAAAUGGGUUUGUUUGGUUUAAACUUUCUGAUCCAGUUU